AUAUUUAAAAAAACUAAUAAUAGUUAUAAAUCUUAAUGUAACGAAGUGUUUUACCUUGAGAAGUUAGUACGACAUAAUCUUAUCGAAUAGCUUACUUUUUUGCUUUGAUUAUUUUGUGAUCAUAUCUGAAGCGGGUACAUUUUUCUUCGAGAUAUUAUUUGCAUAGCUUACAUAGAAUUUUAAGAACAAGUUCGGUUCUGCCAAAUGUUAUUAUAUAUAUAAACAUUAUUUUGGAAAAGACAUGUAUUCAGAACAUUAUAAGAUAUAAUGCAUGUUAAUAUCAAAUUUUAGCCAUGGGCAUGUGAAGAAAUAUAGCGUAACACAGAUCAUAUCACAAAGGACAAAUAUGCUGUUCUAAUCAUAAGGAUAUUCGUGAUCACGCUGUACUUGAAAAUACAACACCACGAAGAGUUUAUGAAAUGAAAACCGGUGUAUUAGAGGAAGCAUUUAAACCGCCCGGUUCUCUGAACAUCGUGCCUUAUGGGUAGCAUUCCCUGCUGCGUUCCAAUAUUAUGCUCGAACAAGCCUUUAAAUAUUAUUAACGAUUGCUUUCAAGUAUUUGCGUAUAAAUUAUGUAAUAAAAUAGUAACUGAUAAGAAAUGUAUAAAUGCAAUGAAAUAUUGAUCUAGAACUUGAUAUUUUAUAAAUGUAAACAAACUUUCUCAAGACUUUAGUGUUCCUCGUGAAGUGUGGGGAGGAAAGGCAAAUAAUGGCGAGAGGAAGAGGAUAUUACACGAAUUAAUGCAUUUUAUACAUCAGAAGGCAACCUUUCAUCCACAAGGCUAAUGGGUGAGCCAGUGGUGAACCCGGGUCAUUCUUCACAGCUGUGGGACCAAGAAGCUAAAAGUGUUGGCCAGACAUCAUCCAAUCAAUCUGUUACUGCCGUUGGCCACCACCAUCACCACCACACUAGUGCGGCCCACUCCCCUAGUUCCUUCACCACAGUCCCACACCUCUGCCAUAACCAGGUUGAGGUUGGGUGCAGCAGAGAGACUGGAACACAGCAGUGUAAUUCUGAGGCAGUGAAGUUAGAUCGUGGAGACUCACGCAAUACUGAGGGGGCUUUCUUCCCCAGCCUCCCUCCUCAACACCCACAGGCUAUGGAUGACGUUUCUCCUCCAUCCGGCAGUGGAGCUUAUUACAAUGGUCCACAGCCCUACGUACCAGGGGAUGGAUAUUACGAAAUACUAGGUGGUUUGGGAGGUGCCACUCCUCCCCAGUAUGCCACAGCUGGAACUGGUUCAGCAUUACCUGCAGGCCCACCCACUCCAUCCAAAGUUGAGACAAAUGCUUAUGUUGACACCACUCACACGCCUUUGACCUAUGGGGAAGCACCACCUGCCAUGGACUUCAGUAGCAAUCCUGCAGGCCUGAACUUUAGUGGUGCAACAGCAGGAACCUAUGGCACUGCCUCUGAUUAUUCUGACAGCCAGGAUUAUUCUCAAGCUGCAGCCAAUCCCCUUAGUCUACUUAGUGAUGUAGCAUUAGGAGGAGAUGCAAGCAGUAGCAGUGGCAGCCAUAGUGGAAGCCUUGGAACAGGGAGCAGCAGCAGCAGUAGCAGCAGCAGUAGCAGCAGUAGUAGUAGCAGCAGUUCAAGCUCUGGUUCUUCCUCGGGAGGGAAUAGUAGCUGUGAGGGUGGAGAUGGUGAAGUUCGAAGAAAGCGUGUCCAUAGUGCUGGUGCCGAAGGGAGUCGGGGAAAGACACAAAGAGGCAGGAUGGAGCCACGACGAGGUGGUUGGGUCAGUGCUCAUGCACUCCAGCAUGAUGAUGAUAGUGAGGAUGAAGAUGGAGAAAUGUCCUCUAGUGGUGCCAGGGGAGGCCGGCAUAACAAGAUAGAUGAUGGACCAAGUGCACCAGAUUUACAACUAGAUUGGGUUUCAUCCUCUGAUUCUGAUUCAGACACUGAUUCAUGUAUAGAGGUAGUGAGUGUACAACGUGGGGCUAGAGGCAGUCGUGCAGUAGAUGUGGUGGAUCUGACAAAUGAAAGUGAUGAUGAGGUUUUGGUUGCUAGUGCAGGCCCAACUCUUCCAUCAAGUGCAGCCUCUCAUCAGGCCCCCACUUCCUCUUGUGCUGUGGCUUCUUCUAGUGGUUAUGGAAUGUCACCCAUUGUAGGACGAUUACCAGUAAGCACCAAUGCAGCCAGCACAGGAACAACAAGUGGACCUGGAGUGUGUAGAGGCCACCAUAAUGCAGAUGCAAGUCAAGCUACCAACACCUGUUCUUGUGCUCGUGGACCAACAUUAGGGUCUAUAGGACUUAGUGCCAGCGGUGCAGCAAGUUUUACAGUAGACCACCAUGGCAGCUGCUAUGGGGCCUGUGUAUAUCCUCAUCACUCUCCCCACCACCACCAUCACCACCACCACCACAGUCUGCCUCCUGGUCAAAGUCACCACCAUCACCACCACCACUAUUAUCCUCCAGACUCUCCAAUGUAUUAUUCUGCUCUACCAGCCCAUCCCUUGUUCCCACCCUAUCCACCAACCAGUUUAGCUUCAACAGCUAAUUACCCAACACACCCCUCUCUAUCAAGAUUAAAUCCAAUGCAUCAGAGGAUAUGGCACAGUCAACAGCGAUAUCAAGAAAUGCAGCGACGUCGCAUGGACCCACGUUUAAGAGAUACCCUUGUCCAACCAGGAGGCUUAUUACCUGAGAUGGUCCAGCAUACUCAUGCAGGGGCCACGGCCACCACACUAGCACCCCAUAGCACAGCUCACCAAGCCACCUCCUCCCAGCCAUCAACUACCUCGGCCAGUAGUGAGCAACAGGCACCUCCCCAAACAAGUUCCCCCUCUGUUCCUCAGCCCAUGGAAAUCCAGGCAGCGCCAAAUGCUGGCCACAAUCCUACCCACAUCCCACCACCUCAUCUCCACCAUCACCCUGGAUUGGAUGUGCUUAUGCACAGUGCACAAACACAUGGAGAGGGUGGCGGAUUACUGAACCACAUAUAUGGAGGUACAGUGCCUCCAGCCCACAUGUCUAUGCCAGCAGCAGCAGCAGCAGCAGCAGCUGCAGCUGCAUCCUAGGCAUUUGGCAGAGCAGAGUUGUGGUAUACUUUGUAAUAGAUUACAUUGUAAUUUAUAGAUUUAAUCUUAUCCUCCUAUUAUUGUAUCAUAUAAAUAUAUAUAUAUAUAUUUACCAAUAUAUAUAUUACAAACAGUGAGUCUCACUGUCUGAACCAACAACAUAUCUUCCAGUUUGUUGCACUCC